GCACGGUGGUUAAGGUCGUCCAUGGUCUUUGGCCAGCACGCGAUGCGAUAGCUGCGGGGGUCAUUGAGGUCGACUUGAGGGGUAUUCAGCCAGGGCAGAACUUUGUUGUUAAAUGGAGGGGAAAACCGGUUUUUGUGAGAAGACGUACGCAAGCUAUGAUAGAUGCAGCGACUGCUGAUGAUGCAAUCGUUAACAGUUUGAGAGACCCCGAACGCGAUAAGGACCGUGUAAAGAAGCCGGAGUGGUUGGUCAUGCUCGGAGUGUGUACCCAUCUCGGCUGUGUCCCUUACCCCGACCAAGGCCUCUAUGGUGGAUACUUCUGCCCUUGUCAUGGUAGCCAUUAUGAUCAUUCUGGGAGGAUUAGGCUUGGCCCGGCUCCAUUAAACAUGGAGAUACCAACAUAUGAGUUCAUCGAUGACGAUACCAUCAUCUUGGGAUGA